AUGCCAGGGCCUGCAACAGCCCAUUAUGAAGCGCGUCCUGCCCAAGGUAUGGAUUACAUACGUGGAAGCAACACCAGUCCCCAGCCUCCUCCGUUCCUGUGGCCCGGGCCGAGGCGGCUUCGCCACCGCGAAGGCGAGGCGUUGAGGGGGAGCGGGAGCGGUACCCCCAGCCCCUCAGCAAUACCCCUGGUCCCCGUCACGGGAAGGGCCCUACAAGGUCGCUGCCCCGGGCAGGGGGACCUGGGCCGGCCCCGCCGGCACGGCGAUGAGCAGGGAAGAGCGCAACAAAGGCCUGCUCCCCACACGCAACCCGCCCGCCAGCAAUGCUCCCCUCCCGUUUCUCCCCAAUCUCUCUGCCCGGGCUGGUACGUACCGAAGCGCGGCGCUGGCUGGGAGGCACGGCGGGUCUCAUACUGCCGGGACGGGGGGAAAGGUGUGACUGUCACCGGUGCCCGGCGGGAGGCGUAUGCGGCGAGACCGGGCGGUGGCGGAGCCGCAUCGCUGCCCGCGACAAGACCCGCUGCCGCCCCUCCCCCUCGCUCGGUACCUCGCGGCUCCCGUACGGCCCCGCUGCCGCCACCGCUCCUGCCGCCGCCGCCGCCGCCGCCGCCACACUUCCGGGCAGGGAGGGGUCACACUGCCACACGCCGUGCCGCUUCCAUCCGGGACUUUCCGCGUGGUCCCGCCCUCUCCCCCGCGGCGCCCGGGGCGGGGCUUGCGAGUGGCUCAUGGGGGUGGGGUUGCUGA